AAUUAAUAUUAAAUAUUAAAAAGUGAUUCAAAUAUCAAGAAUAAUCUGAAAAUGUCUUCAGUUUUCUCUGUCAUUGUUUUAAGUGUCUGUUCGGUUGCAGUCAUCGGUGGUACAGAUUUACAACAAUUAACUAAAAAUCUGAUGAAAUCACUCAAUCCAAACGGCGCUGACUCUCAUCCCAAUGGACUUCUCUUACAAUUAACUAAUGGUGAACAAUCGGCGUUAAAAUCCUUUGUUGGGGACAACUCUCAGGAAAAAUUAAAACUCGAGAUCUCUUUUGUCGGAACCGUUAGUAUCAGUGCUCAGAGGAAUGACCAGAAGGUUGUCGUUUCGACAGACUAUUUGGGAGGACUCGGCCUUCAGUUGAAUGCCAACCAAAGCAAUGCCAACACAAUUGAUGGCAAACCUGUGGAUCCAUUCCUGAAGAAUAUCUACGAAAUAAACGAGAAAUCACAGAAACAUUUGUCGGAUGAGGAGACGGCUGUACUCAUAGCUCACGGAUCGCUAACUGGGACUCAAAUAGUGGCCAAUAAUUACAAACUGGAAACCGAUUUAAUCGGAGGGUUUGUCGUCGGCUCGAAGACCAGAGUCCAAGAAAUCGUCAAAUACCUGAUCGACACGACGGCCGAAGUGUUCAUCAGUUUCUCGUCCUCCGAAUCCCAGUCCUAA